AUGCCGGCAAAAUCGAGAUUCACAAGGCUCGACGCCUUCACAAAGACAGUCGACGAAGCACGCAUCCGCACGACGUCUGGUGGAAUUGUCACUAUCGUGUCGCUGAUCGUGGUCUUCUGGCUGGCCUGGGGAGAAUGGGUUGACUACCGGAGGAUAGAGAUCCACCCCGAGUUGAUCGUGGACAAGGGAAGAGGCGAGCGCAUGGAGAUCCAUCUCAACAUGACUUUCCCCAAGAUGCCCUGCGAGCUCCUCACCCUGGACGUCAUGGAUGUUUCUGGCGAGCAACAGCACGGCGUUCAGCACGGUAUUAACAAGGUUCGCCUUCGUCCCCAGAAGGAGGGCGGUGGUGUCAUUGACAUCAAGGCCCUGGAUCUUCACUCUCGUGAUGAGGCUGCUGAGCACCUGGACCCCAACUACUGCGGCCCCUGUUAUGGCGCCCCGUCACCGGCGAACGCGCAAAAGGCCGGAUGCUGCAACACAUGCGAGGAAGUCAGAGAGGCGUACGCGCAGGCUUCGUGGGCUUUCGGUAAGGGCGAGAACGUCGAGCAGUGCACGCGCGAGCACUACGCCGAGCGAUUGGAGGAGCAGCGCCAGGAGGGCUGCCGUAUCGAGGGUAACCUGCGCGUCAACAAGGUCGUCGGAAACUUCCACCUUGCCCCUGGCCGCAGUUUCAGCAACGGAAACAUGCACGUCCACGACCUCAAGAACUACUGGGACACCCCCUCCGAUGCCCAGCACGACUUCACUCACACUGUUCACUCCCUGCGCUUCGGCCCCCAGCUGCCUGACACCGUUACCAAGAAGAUGGGCAAGCGCGCCGCUGCGUGGACGAACCACCACGGUAACCCUCUCGACAACACCCACCAGGAGACCAACGAUCCCAACUACAAUUUCAUGUACUUUGUCAAGAUCGUGCCUACCUCCUACCUCGCUCUCAACUGGCAGAAGGGAUCCAACCCCGAGGAGGAGAACUCUGGCCUCGGUCUUCUUGGCCAGGGAAGUGACGGCAGCGUCGAGACUCACCAAUACUCCGUCACGAGCCACAAGCGCAGCUUGGCUGGCGGCGAUGACUCUGCCGAAGGACACCAGGAACGCCUCCACUCUCGUGGCGGUAUCCCAGGAGUCUUCUUUUCCUACGAUAUUUCUCCUAUGAAGGUCAUCAACCGCGAAGAGCGCGCCAAGACAUUCACUGGUUUCUUGACCGGCCUUUGUGCCAUCAUUGGCGGCACUCUCACCGUCGCCGCUGCUGUUGACCGCGGUGUCUUUGAGGGUGGACUGCGUCUCAAGAAGAUGCGCUCCAAGGAUAUGUAG